AUGGCCGCUAAGGGGUGUUUUAUUGCGGUGCUUAUUGCUCGCACGCACGACCAUGUGCCUCUGUGCAGCUACACGGACGAGAACUACGCCAAUUCAAACCAGAUCCGGCAGCAGGAGCAACGCGUACUGGAGCGCAUGGAGUCCCCUGCGGCCACAACGGACAGAGGUAGCGCCAAGGGAAGUUACUACCAAAGCUUUGACCACCGUGACUGCAUCUAUUUUGCUUUUCAGGAUGCGGCAACAGAUUUGACGAUCAUUACGGUUGUCAACAAGUUACUGCUGCGUAACUCGGGAGAUGUUGGGGCAACGAAUCGGCUUGCGUGUGGUUUGUUAGAUCUCGUCUUUGCUGAAUUCGUGCAGAUGUACACUGUGAACGAGAUUGCUGCUAGCAAUGUUCGGCCUUUUCAGUUCAUUAAGUUUGACACAACUCUGCAGAAGUUGAUCCGUCAGGUACAGCUGGAUAGGCAGAGCGAGAACGUUCUGGUUGGGGGGUCGGGCUCUGCCCAGCAGGGUGCAGGGCAGCGUCGGCAGGUGAAUCCCCACUACGACGCUCUACGCCAGGAGCUCACGGAUGUGCACUUUGUGAUGCGGAAGAACCUCGAGGAUCUUAUGACGCGUGGGGAGAAGUUGGAGACGAUGAACCAAUUUAGUGCCCAACUGGUGGACCAGAGCUCGCGCUUCUACAAGAAGACGGUUCACAUGAAUCGGAUGCGACUGCUACGGUUGUACGGCCCUCCCGCUGUGGUGGGCCUUAUCCUUGUCAUAUUCUUCUAUUUUUACCUGUUUUAG